CCUUCCAACUUUUACUGAGCCACGGGCUUGCUCCCUCGAGGGCGGAACCUCACGUUGAGUGACGGCCGGUGGCCCGCCCCGGGCGUGACGUCGACCGAAUGUUGUGGCUGCGGCCGCACGUGGUCGGCAGAGUCCGCCUCAGACUGCUGCACUCCGCGUCUUCAGCUGCUUGCCUUCCUGCUCAUCUCGCUCGCUAUGUCCACGUUCACGACCUGCCCGAUUCCCGGGGGCAGAGACCGGCUGCCCGACUGCUACAGCACCACGCCGGGGGGCACGCUAUACGCCACUACCCCGGGAGGCACCAGGAUCAUCUACGACAGAAAGUUCCUGCUGGAGUGCAAGAACUCACCCAUUGCCCGGACACCCCCCUGCUGCCUCCCUCAGAUUCCCGGGGUCACAACUCCUCCAACAACCCCAUCCCCCAAGCUGGAGGAGCUGAAGGAACAGAAGGAGACAGAGGAAGAGAUACCCGAUGACGCACAAUUUGAAAUGGACAUCUAAUCCAGUGCAGAUGACCUGUGUGUGGAGUUACAGGAAUCCCUCAUGCUGCCGCUGCCACCACCUCUUCCUGGGGUAUCCAAAGACCAGCUGGCCUCAUCUAAUCUGGGAGUGCUUGGCUCUGGGCCUCCCUUAGUUCUGAGGCAGCUAGACCAAGGAUAAGGAGUGGGCACCUUGCCAAGCCCUUAACUCUACUUUCUGUUCGGUUUGUAGGCACUCCUCUCAACCCCCAGCCUUCCACUCUCAGGCUGAGGCGAGGCUUGGGGGAAUGGAGUAUGUCACUGUCUCACUGCUUAGUAAAUAUUCAAAGAAAU